CGGUCAUGUGAUCAGCUGUGUCCAAUCACAGCUGAUCACAUGGGACAUCUAUACUGAUCAUCAGAGCACUGAUGAUCAGUGUGCCCUGAUGAUCAGUGUAGCCCCAGCAGUGCCACCUGUCAGUAUUUAUCAGUGCCAGUUGUCAGUGCUCAUCCAUGCCACCUGCCAGUGCCCAUCAGUGCCACAUCAGUGCCACAUUUCAGUGCCUACCAGUGCACAUCAAUGCCACAUAUCAGUGCCCAUCUGAGCUGCCUUUCAGUGGCUCUCAUCAGUGACAGUCAGUGCCACCUAUCAAUGCCAGUCAGUGCCACCUAUCAGUG